AUGGCUUCCUCCUCUGACCAGACCAGUAGCGGUGCUUAUCCGGCAACAGACACAAAGAACGACGACAAUGAUGAGCAACAGGUAAGCCUCAUCUUUGACGAGGAGUAUGUGAAUCAACUAGUCAAUGAGAACAAGGCGUUGCGUUUGGUGAUAGCCUCCGGGUUUGGCUUUGAAAUGCCAGGCACCAUUGAUGGCAUCAAGUCCAACAUCACACGCAUUACUCAAGCCCUAGAUGCACACCAAGAGAAGUUGAUGACCCUGACUGCUUCACAGGAACCUGUGCUGUUGGUGAAGUUCAUUGACCAACCCACACGGGCAAUGCCUUUCACGCCAGACAUUCGCCGACCGUUGAACACAGUUGCCCAGUUCAAGACCCACGUUCUGGACUACUUGAACCUGAACAAGAGCAAGACGGCUUACCGGAAGUAUGUGUUCCGUGUGAAUGAGAACCACUUGAUGAACAACAGGGAGAGUUGUCUAAACCAUGUGAGACUUGGAUACACCGUCUUCGUCAACCCUACCGGGCAAGGUGGCGUCAAGUCCAUCAAGAAGGAUGAGUCCAACGACAUUAUGAAGCGAACAAUGGUUCAUGAGAAGAAGCAAACGCUCCGUGAAGCCGAGUCCAACCUCAAUCUGAGCAAGUUCCUUACAACUACCCAAGUGGUGGAAGACGCCAAGGUUCGCCUAACAAAGCUCUACACCGAUGCAGAGUCCAACCCCAUCAGGACAUUUCGGAGUCUCCUUCGCAACUUGCCCACCGACCAGAUUGGUACAACCGAGGAAGAGUCCCCUCUACUGAACAUCUUCAAGAACAACCGCCCCGACAGUCGCUUGGACAAGGUUGGACGUGCAAUCAUGGAGCCCAACUACAGCUCGCUGUUUGACUUGUCGGCGGAGGUGAAUGGCUUGAUGGAAACAGUAGAGCUUACGUUUGAUGUUCUGGCUUCGGAAGCGUUCCUUCGUCCUCAUGGUGCAUGGAACUGGUCAGAGAUGAGGAAGGUGAUUGUCAGUGAAAUCAGUUUUCGCAACGGCGAUGAGUUGAUGCGUUAA